AUGAGAGGGAAGGCGAGGAGGAUCUGUGCGCUGCUGCUCGUGCUGCUCUGCAUGGUGCCUCACUUCCAGGUCACCUGCUGUCUAGGCGGAGCGGGCGGCGGAGGCCACGAAGGUGGAGUGGCUGGCGGAGCCGGCCACGAAGGCGCCGUUGGCGGCGGCGGGAGGGAUGGAGAAGGUGACGGGACAGGGGGCGGCAGAGGCCACGGCGGCGUUGGCGGCGGCCGGAGGGGAGGCGGCGGCGGCGCUGCGAUUAUGCCGAAAACGGACGGGCACAGCGGGCCGGCUGGUUCUCGUGCAGGCCGCGGCGUCGGCUGGAGGGUUCCCGGCGCUGCCUCCCUCGCGGCCGCGGCGCUCGUCUGGUGGCUCUGA